AUGCUGUAUGUAUGCUUUGAUAUUGAAAGAUUCCACACCUGGAAAACUUAUGGUGUUGGCCUAGCAAUACUGACAGAAACAAGAAUAUUGCAGCUGAUAUUGAAAAUGGGUCACCUACACCUACCCAAAUAUCAUAAAAAGGAAGUGAAAGGACCAAAGAUGGAACGGGCACGGCGAUUUACGGGCAACUUCAUCUUGAUGAUGGAGCUUAGGAAGAAGAUCUUUAAAUUCAGGGACAUCAUUGACCUGCCACCCUGUGAUGGCAAUGAAAGCAUAAAUGAAUUAGUUUCGAGAACAAUGAAAGAUCUGCACAAGUUUCACCCUGAUAGCAUAUCCAGAAGCGAACUGUCAGAAAUUAAGGGAGCAUCUAUUGAUAAGGUUCUGGUCUACUAUUGUGAGGUUUUGAGAUCUAUUGGAGAUUCAUGGACCAAGAAUCAAGAAUGGAUGGACAAAGUGACAUCUGAUAAGUUUAGCAAUAUUGAAAAACUCAAUUCAGAAAAACUUGUUGAAAUGGCACUGGCAAUACUUAAUUCUGUAAUUAACGUAGCAAAAGAAAAGUUCGAUAUGAUGGAUGAAGAUGAUGAGCAGAACAAAGAUAGUCUACCUGCUAGUGCAUUUGGGAAAGUUGUGAUGGGGAUCUAUUCAGAGAGCAACACCUCCUGUUGUGCUUCUCCAGUCACUCCAACAUCUGUUCUGCCACCACGGUUUAUGGGUUCUCCCAGUUCGGAUGAAUUUGCAAAUAUUUCGUGCUCAUCACCUCUUCUCCGGUCUUUGAGAGUUCAAGCUGUGGGGAAACUGAACCCAAUUGAUAUAAAACGCCUCUCAUUCUACAUUCCUCCAAACAUGGGAGCUCAAGGCUACAGCAAUUGGAAUUUAAAGAACAAUGAAGAAACAAUGGAAGAAAUAGAAGCAGAAAGUAAAUCCUCGAACCAAAGAAGCAAUGUAGAUGAUGAAAAUUUUGAAAUGGAAGCAAGCAGCUACUCUGAAGUAACAAAAGUUGCAAAAGUAGAUGAUGCUAGAAAAUGCUGUACAGAAAAUGGAUCACCAGAGAUUGAAACGGUUGGGACAACUGAGACCUCUGAAGAGUUGAUGACACCAGCUCCACCGCCUACUCCCCAGCUGAUACCACCCAUAUCACAUGCCAAUGUAGGAGAAUCACUGCCACCUCCUAUGCUGCAACCAAAUGUAGUAGCCCCACCUCUUCCUCCUCCUCCUCCACCACCACCACCACCAAUUGUGCUGCAACCAAAUGUGAAAGCCCAACUACCACCAUCCACACCACCGGUACCUCCACCCAUGUUGCAGCCUAAUAAAGCAUCUGUAGGGGCUCCGCUGCCACCGCCACCCCCUAUGUCACAGCCUAAUAUAGCAGCAGCAGCAGCAGCAGCAGCAGCAGGUGCUGCAAAGGUCAUGCCAUCUCCGCCACCACCCCCACCUAUGACAUCAGGAACAGUAACAGCAGCAAUGCCACUGUCACCACCUCCACCACCCAAGACAUCAGGAACUGCAACAGCAGCAGCACCUCCACUGCCGCCACUCAUGACUUCUUCGAAAGGAUCAAAGCCAUUACGAUCACCACCACCCAUUGCACAAGCAAAUGGAGCUGCUCCACCACCACCACCACACAUUGCACAAGCAAUUGGAGCCGCUCCACCACCACCACCGCCCAUGGCACGAGCAAAUGGAGCUGCUCCACCACCACCUCCACCUGGUGCAGCAAGAUCCUUACGCCCCAAGAAGGCACAGACAAAAUUAAGGAGAUCAAGCCAAAUGGGUAAUUUGUAUCGGAUUCUCAAGGGGAAGGUGGAAGGAGGAAAUCCAAACACUAAAUCAGCCAACGGAAGAAAGGGUUCGGCUCCGUCCAGCAAUAGUGGAAAGCAGGGAAUGGCUGAUGCACUAGCAGAGAUGACAAAGAGAUCAGCAUACUUCCAACAAAUUGAAGAAGACGUUCAAAUGUAUGCAAAGUCAAUCACAGAGCUGAAGCCUGCCAUUAGUACUUUCAAAAAUAAGGACAUGACUGAGCUGAUAAAGUUCCAUCAACAGGUUGAAUCCGUCCUUGAGAAUUUAACUGACGAAACACAGGUGCUUGCCAAGUUUGAAGGUUUCCCCCAAAAAAAGUUGGAAGCAUUAAGGAUUGCAGCUGCGCUAUACACAAAGUUGAAUGGAAUAUUAUCUGAACUUCAAAAUUGGAAUAUCGUCACUCCCUUAGGGCAACUGUUGGACAAGACCGAACGUUACUUCAAUAAGAUCAAAGGAGAAAUGGACGCCUUGGAGAGAACCAAAGAUGAGGAAUCCAAGAAAUUUCAAAGUCACAAUAUCCACUUUGACUUCCAUAUUCUUGUGCAGAUCAAGGAAUCAAUGGUGGAUGUUUCCUCCAACUGCAUGGAACUGGCACUCCAGGAAAGGAAAAAAGCUAAUUCUAAAAUGCUUUGGAGUGCUUUUCAAUUUGCAUUCAGAGUUUAUUCGUUUGCUGGAGGGCACGAUGAUCGUGCUGACAAGUUGACGAGGGAAUUGGCUCAUGUGAUAGAUGCUAUUCCCAGCACCGUUAAUUAAUUAGUCGAAAAGCAUGCAUA